AUGGCGGCACGACCGGUGGCCUCACGGGAUUCAUCCCAUGCAUUGCGAGACGCAUUACGGGCGGCCAACGGAGGCAGGACAAAUUCUACAACUCCGUCCGAAACCACGAGCGAGGAGGAUUACGACGAGCCCAAGCUCACAAGACGUCGCCAUGACAGACCCUUAGCCAAGAACACAUCGUCGCCUCUGAAGAACUCAUCAAACCAUGAGAGGAAGUUGUCUCUCGACGGCUCGACCUUGUCUGAAGCCUCAAGCAUAGACGAAUCCACUGGAGGAGCUGACAGAAAAGACCUGAAGACGUAUGUGUUGUCCGCUGAUGAUCGAGAGCUUCGCGAUGUCAUCAGACGGGGUCUCGAACGGGAGAAGGACCCAAAGCGACCACGGCGGCCGGGGAAGUUCAGCGACCUAGUCUUUACUCGCCAAUUCUCUGCCUUUGACCGGCAGAACCAGCAGACGGCAAAUAGCCCCUUCCAUGGGUUCUUCACGCUGUUUUGGCUAGCCGUGGCGCUGUUCGUCGUCAAGAUAGGGGCGGCCAACUGGAGGGCCACCGGCAACCCCCUAGGGACGAACGAGAUUAUGAAGACCAUGUUCCGGCGGGAUGUGAUUGUUCUGUUAGCUUCCGACGGUGUCAUGUGUGGCAUCACCGGCGUAGGCUGGAUUCUGCAACGGCUCAUCUUCAGUGGUUACCUAGACUGGAAUCGAUCUGGCUGGAUCAUCCAGAAUGUUUGGCAAUCAAUCUUCAUCGGCAGCGUCGUCGGCCUCACGCUCAUCCGAGACUGGCCCUGGACACAUACCGUCUUCUUCGUCCUCCACGGCAUCGUCAUGCUUAUGAAGCAGCACUCGUACGCCUUCUACAACGGUCACCUUUCCACAGUAUACAAGAAGCGAAAGUACCUCCUUUCGAAGUUGAAAAAGCUGGAACACGUUGCCCCCAUCAACUCGCCUUCCACGACCAGCCCGUCGGCAUCCACCAUAUCGAUUUCCCACCUGGACAAUCCCCCGUCUGCGGCCGAGAUGAAAGGCCGCCGACACUCCGUCACCCACACCCGUGGCUCUGAGACGACGGACGUCGACCGCAUCUCCCACGCUAUCGAAUCCGGCGAGCCCCUCGACGCCGACCAGGUCCGCGUGUUCGAGCGCAUCAUCAAGUGGGAGAUUGACGGGCUCACCGAUGAGCUGAGGGGCAAGGCGACGAGCGUUGCGCGGGCGUACCCGAACAACCUGACACUCGCCAACCAUUACGAGUACAUUGUGUUGCCGACCGUCGUGUACGAGCUCGAGUACCCCCGUUCUGACUCCAUCGACUGGUACUAUGUCGCCGAGAAAACGGCCGCUACCUUUGGCAUUAUUCUCGUCAUGAUCAUGGUGUCUCAAGCUUUCAUCUGUUGGUCAACCCCCGCGCCCACAACUUUCGGACACAGGCCUAAACUGACGACCUUGACAGAUCCCGUCGUGAUGCAGACUGUGGCGAUGAAGGAGACGGGCAUGCCCCUCGCUGAGAGAUUCCGCUACUUUCCUUGGAUGUUAAGCGACCUCAUCUUUCCAUUUAUGAUGGAAUACAUGAUGGCCUGGUAUCUAAUAUGGGAAACGAUCCUCAACACCCUGGCGGAGCUCACCUACUUCGCCGACAGGAGCUUCUACGACGCGUGGUGGAAUAGCGUAUCCUGGGACCAAUUCGCGCGUGACUGGAACCGCCCGGUGCACAACUUCCUUCUCCGCCACGUCUACCACAGCUCCAUCUCAUCCAUGAAGGUGAACCGCCAUACUGCGACACUCAUCACCUUCUUCCUCUCAGCCUGCGUGCACGAAUUGGUCAUGUGGUGCCUGUUCAAGAAGCUCAGGGGUUACCUCCUUUUCCUGCAAAUGUGCCAGCUACCGCUUGUGCAGCUCAGCAGGACGAGUUGGAUGAGAGGUCGCAAGACACUGGGCAACAUCAUGUUCUGGUUCGGUAUCUUUACCGGUCCCAGUCUGCUCUGCAGCUUGUAUCUCAUCUUGUAA